AUGAAGCAGAAACGCCGCGUUCCGGUGGUCCUUUGGCGCCUCUUCCACAACCGCGCGCGCACUCUGGCCCACACUCUCGCCACCUUACUCCCUCCUCGUUCCCCAAAACCCCAAUGUCGUUUCUGCAACGGCCGCCGUUGCCUCCGCUGCUGCUCCGACGCCAUGUCGUUUCUCCUCCGACCCAACGACCCCUCCGACUACCGCUCUCUCCUAGACACCUGCUUCGUCGUCCUCUCCGACAACGCUCCCCGCAUCACGCGCUUCUCCCCUGAAUCUCACUGGUCCCAAAUUGAGAUCGUUACAGCUGUCAUCGAAACGACGAUGCUGGAGCAAUCCAUGUCUUCCAAUGUGAUAUGCAGUGGUUAUAAUAAGGUUAACAAGUCCAGCGCCAUUUCGGAACUUCUUACUUCUUCAGCUUGGUGUCUUCUCUUAGAAAGGGUUGGGGAUGGCAUUAUGGUUUAUUUACUAAAGAAUGCGUCGAUAUUUCUGCGAAUUGCGGAUGAGCAACACCAGCAGGUGACUGGUCCACCCGUUAGUAACUUAUGUAAGAGGUUCAAUUGCACACCGAGUUCGAAAUGGCAACCGUCGUCCCUUGUUCCAUGUGGACCUGGAAACAAGAGGAAAAGAGAUGAUGACGUUCACUCAAUUUUAAAGAAAAGCCAGCUCAUGAGUUCAGUCAGCAUUGGAGAAAGCUCGAGUUCUAUUACCUGCAAUAGCUGCUGCAACCAUAGUGAAAAUUACAGGAAGACGCAUACUCAUAUAAGUUUUUCUGAAACAUCUACACCAGCAACCAGCACACUGACCAAUGAUUGUGAAGGGAAUUUAAAUAAGGAACUUACAGAGAGUUUGGAACCUCUAAGAAAGCGUUCAAGACCAUAUCGUUGGCAGCGUUGCAGGAAACACAGGCAAAUAUCUGUUCAAGAAGCCAGUGUCAAGGGUCUUUUUAAAACAACUGUCAGUGAUAAUCAAUGGUUACCUGGAAGGCAUUUGUCUUCUUUGAAACCCAGCUUGGGUCGACAAUUUGAACAGUGCUAUUGUUUGGGGUUCCAAGUUGCCCAAAAGGUUGCCAAGGGUGCUGAAAUAGAUAGGAAAUCCUUGUUCUACAACUUGGAACGUUCUUCAUCAAUCUUUCCUAGAAAGCAUGUACUGAAUUCUGUAAAGCCUGAUUCUGUUGGUUCAGAGUUUCUUGUUAGUAGUAUUUUUGGUGUAUAUGAUACAGAAAGUGCACUGUCAAAGACAUGCUCCGAUAGCAGUGGUCUUUGUCUCAUGGGUUCUGCGUGCCUGUAUCAUUCACUUGUUAAGUUGCUAAAGAUUCUUAUACGUAGAGCACAAUAUGGCCAUCACUUGGGAUUAUUGGAAAAGCACUGUGUUGUUACAACUGUAAAUCCUAAUACAAUUAAAAGCGGUGGUUGCAGCUUUGAGGUUAGCAGUAUAUUUGGGGGAGAAAAGUGGGAGUACGGUGUACUCAAGAAAUCUCAGUGUUGUACUACGGACCAUUGCAGUAAAUCUUCUGAAGUCAGUGAAUCUUUCUCUGAGGAAAUUAAGUCUCACUGUUUGAACAGUCAGGUGGAGUCGUUUAUAUGGGCAGUUUGUAGGAGUAUUGUUCCUCCCGAUAUAUUGAAUGAUGCCGUACAUAUUGUUAAAGAAAAAUUGUUAGAAAGUUGGAUUUAUUGGUUCUUUCAAUCUUUAGUUGUGCCAUUGUUGCAAGCCAACUUCUAUGUCACUCAAAGUGAGCAUGGGAAGCAAGAUGUAUAUUACUACCGGAAGUCGGUUUGGGAGAAGAUGAAGAAUAAGACCAUCAUGACUUACAUGGAUCAGAGUUAUCAGUAUUUGGAUGAUGCGGCAACUAGAAGAAUUAUAAGGAAACGAUCAUUUGGGUUUUCUAAGCUCCGGAUUUUUCCAAAAGAAUAUGAAGUGAGGUUGCUAGCAAAUUUAAAAGCAUCAUCAAAAAUGUCACGAAAAGAGUUAUGUUUGGCAGACCAGUCUGGUAAAUUAUUAAGAGGAAAGAAACUGCAUCGGAGAAAAAUCACAUUUGAGCGUUUCAAGUCCGUGAAUCGUGUUCUUCGUGAUUCACAUGUUGUUCUAAAAGCUAUGCAGCUGAAAGAGCCAGGGAAAUUAGGAUCAUCAGUGUUUGAUUACAAUGAUGUAUACAGGAAGUUAUGCCCAUUUCUUCUUGGUAUAAAGAGUGGAUUCACUACGAAACCUGAUGUGUUUAUCAUUGUCUCUGAUGUGUCAAAAGCCUUCGAUUCUGUUAACCAGGAUAAGCUGCUUGGUGUGCUGAAAGAUGUUAUAAGAGCAGAUGAAUAUAUUUUGCAGCAGUCUCAUCAUGUCAUUUUCAAGAAGGGGUCAUUAAGGGUUCAUGAGAACCGUGCAUGUCUUGAUCAAAAUACCGGCUCAAGUUUUAAAUCCAAAUUAUGUAGUGUCCUUGUUAAUCAGGAGUGCAGCAGGUCUGUGAAGAAGAAGGAGCUAUUUUUUAAUCUACAUGAGCAUGUUAAGCGCAAUGUGCUGCAGUUGGAUAAAAAGUUCUAUUUGCAACGUACUGGUAUUCCUCAAGGAAGUAUUCUGUCAGCUUUGCUUUGCUCAUUAUACUAUGGACAUCUGGAUCGGAAUGUGAUCUUUCCAUUUCUUGAAAAAACUUGGGAACCUUCUGCAGAUUUAUCUAGAGGACAUGAUUUUCAAGUGGCUUCUGCUGCAAAGAGUAGCAGUGAGGAUAAAAUCUCCUCAUCCUCUAGAUAUACUCUACUUAGAUUUAUUGAUGAUUUUCUAUUCAUUUCAACAUCAAAGGCACAGGCUGCUAGCUUCUUCUCAAGGUUGCAACGAGGAUUUCGGGAUUACAACUGCUACAUGAAUGAGAAGAAGUUCUGUGUCAAUUUUGAUAUCGGAAACAUGGCAGGUUUGGCAUCAAACAGGGUAUCCAGUGGUGAUGACGGCAUUUUAUUUGUUCGAUGGAGUGGCUUGCUUAUCAAUUCUUGCACACUUGAAGUUCAGGCAGACUAUACAAAGUACUUGAAAAACCAUCUAAGUUCAACUCUUACUGUCCUCUACCAAGGCAGACCUGGUCACCAUUUGAAGAAAAAAUUGCUUGACUACAUGAGUCCUAAAUGUCAUCCCUUAUUCUUUGAUUCCCACAUUAAUUCAGCAUCUGUGGUGAGAUUGAAUGUCUACCAAGCCUUCUUGUUAUGUGCAAUGAAGUUCCAUUGUUAUGUUCGAGCCUUAUCAUAUAUCUGCAAGUUUCACUUUAGAUUCUACGCUUACAUUAUCCAAAGAUCAUUGAGGUUCAUGUACAGGCUCAUAAAGAAGAGGAUGUGUUCAUUGUAUACUGACUCUAACUUCUGCCCAAUUCUUCAAUUGGAAGAGGAAGAAGUUGAAUGGCUUGGUUUAUAUGCUUAUAUCGAAGUGUUGAAAAGAAAACAAUCACGGUAUAAGGAGUUGCUCUCCUUGUUGAAGUUACAGUUGUUAAAUCAUAAGAUAUGCGGCUCUGAGUCUUCUGAGCUGAGUUAUGCAGUUGAUAGAUCACAUUCCUCUCUACUGUGGAAGAUCAAGUAUUAG